AUGACAGAAAGGGGCCGGGACACAUUGCAGUCCAGGGUCAAAGUGAAGGAACUACGGAACACCUAUCACAAGAUGCAGGAGGCAAACCGCCUCUCUGGGCUCUGCAUCGCUCUGUGCCUGUGGGGCACCGUGGCCCAGAAUCAUGGUGUACAAGAUAUUAACGAGUGUCUGGGGCCGAGCCCGCCAGACUGUGGACCCAACGCACACUGCAUGAACGUGCCUGGGAGUUACUACUGCACCUGCAGUGAUGGCUACGAGCCCAGCUCUGGGAAAGCCAAAUUCAGGGACUUCUGCCGGGUUUUUGAGUGCCAGGGACACGCAAGCUGCAUCAAUGUGCCUAGGAAUUACUUCUGCAAAUGCAUCGAUGGCUAUGGGAAAGACAAGUUCAUGCACGCGCGUGAGAACAGCUGCCGGGAUAUUGACGAGUGUCAGGGCCCGAGCCCGGCAGACUGUGGACCACACGCAAACUGCACCAACGUACCCGGGAGUUACUACUGCACCUGCAUCGAUGGCUACAAGCCCAGCUCUGGGAAAGCCAAGUUCACACACGCGAGUGAGAAGAGCUGCCAGGAUAUUGACGAGUGUCGGGGGCCGAGCCUGGCAGACUGCGGACCCCACGCAAACUGCACCAACGUGCCCGGGAGUUACUACUGCACCUGCAUCGAUGGCUACGAGCCCAGCUCUGGGAAAGCCAAGUUCACGCACGCGAGUCAGAACAGCUGCCAGGAUAUUGACGAGUGUCAGGGCCCGAGCCCGGCAGACUGCGGACCCCACGCAAACUGCACCAACGUGCCUGGGAAUUACUUCUGCGGCUGCAUCGAUGGCUACGAGACCAGCUCUGGAAAAGCCAAGUUCACCCACGCGAAUGAGAACAGCUGCCGGGGUGAGCUCUCCCCUGGCUCCACCUGCUCAGACCGCCCCCCCGCACACAAAAUGCUCAUUCCAGCCCUGUCACUGCACCAUGGUGGCUGCUCACUUUGA